AUGAGCUCAUUGGAGCGGCGGACUGGGGGCGACGGGCGGGGGACGGCGGGCGCGCGGCCCGCGCAGAGCCGCCGCGCCGGCGGGGAGAGGACGAGGCUGGGGGCCGAGCCCGCCUUCCGCUCGCCCACAGCCGCGGCGGGGCGCUGGGGACGCGAGUGCAGGGAGCGCGGCUCUCCCGGAGAGGCCCGGCUGACACCAGCGCGGAGGGCUGCGGGCCAUGGCGCCCCGGGCCCCCGCCGCCUGCAGCCCCCGCCCGCCCGGGCGCCCCCGAGCUGCGCCUCGGAGCCCGCGGAGCCGCAGCCCGUCUGGAGGCGACCGGGACCUCCUCUCCGUGCUGACAUGAUGACCGUGUGUGGGCCGGCCAAGGGCAGCCACAGCCAGACUGAAAACCUGAGCUACAAAUUGGCUGACAAGGUCAAGGUGGACGGUCCAGAGGCUGGGGAGGACCGUCGAAGGCAGCCCUUUAGGCCCUCCACUCCUUUCCUAGAGACUGAUCGGGACUCACGCCUCCGACGAAGCCCUCUGGAAAGCCUCAAUAACCUGAUGCUAAAGUCAAGAAUAGACUGUUUUCAGCAGAACAUGUUCAACUCAAAUAUGAUCAUCAGCGACCGAGCUUCAGGUCUCAGUGCUAAAGAAGCCAGCAGGGCCAGCAGGAGGCAGCUCAGCGGUGCCCAGGACCCCUGCCCUCCUGCCCGAGGUGGGGCUGGGCCCAAGUCCCUCAGCAUAAAGGACAAGAUAUCAGAAUGGGAAGGCAAAAAGGAGUUGCCUGCUCCUGCACCUGGCAGGAAAGCAGGUGGGCAAGAGGACUACCGGCCGUCCUGCGUGAUGGAGAGGGGACGUGGCGACGGUGUGGGGACUCGGGUCACAGCGGCUCAGAACGGAACAAGGCCGGAAGGAGAGAGCAAAGAGAACGAGAGGAAUGAAGGGGUAGCGGAAGUUGGGGGACAGGAUGCAGAGCAGAGGCCGGGCCUGAGCCAGCCAGCACGGGAGCUGGCCCCAGGCACGGGCAGAGGCCGGGAGCUGCGGCUCGGCAAACAGCGCUUUCAGAAUGCCAGCCUGUCUGUGCUGAAGCAGGUCAAGAAGCUCGAGCAGGCGCUGAAGGAUGGGUUGGCGGGGUUGGACCCCCAGUUACCAGGGACUUGUUAUUCCCCGCACUGCCUGCCGGACAAGGCCAUGGAGGGGCCCUCCCUAACCAGGAACCGUGGGUGUGGGAGUGGCUCGGAUUUCAGGUCCCACCACGUGGACCUGGAAACCAGGCAGCCCACCCCUGAGGCUGCGGAGGGGAGGAGAAGCUCGUGCGGAAAGCCCUGGGGCCAGAGCCUGGAGAGUGUGUACAGGGGCUUCCCUCAAAAACCCUUCAUCAACCCCCUGCCCAAACCCCGGAGAACGUUCGAACAUGAUGGAGAAGGGGACAAGGAUGGGAACCCAGGCAUCGGCUUCAGGAAAGAUGGAAGGAACCUGCCGCCUCUGCCCACCCUUCCUCCCCCGCCUCUGCCCUCCUCCCCGCCGCCUCCCUCUGUGAACAGAAGACUGUGGAAUGGGAGACCGAAGCCCAGUGCCGAACACAGAAAGUCCUAUGAGUUUGAAGACCUACUGCAAUCUUCCUUGGAGAACAGCAGGGUCGACUGGUAUGCACAGACCAAGCUGGGGCUCACACGCACUUUAUCAGAGGAAAACGUCUAUGAAGACAUUCUAGAUCCACCAAUGAAGGAAAACCCUUAUGAGGAUGUUGAAUUACAUGGUCGCUGCCUGGGAAAGAAGUGUGUCCUGAAUUUUCCUGGUUCUCCCACCUCUUCCAUCCCUGACACAUCCACCAAGCAGUUGCUGUCCAAACCUGCUUUUUUCCGGCAAAAUUCAGAGAGGAGGAACUUCAAACUGCUGGACACUAGGAAGCUGAGUAGGGAUGGAAUGGGGUCCCCCUCCAAAAUCAGCCCCCCCUCCACCCCCAGCAGCCCCGAUGACACUUUCUUUAACCUUGGAGACCCACCGAAUGGCAGGAAGAAGAGGAAGAUACCCAAGCUGGUGGCACGAAUCAAUGCCAUUUAUGAGGCUCGGAGAGGGAAGAAGCGGGUGAAGAGGCUGUCCCAGUCAACGGAGAGCAACUCAGGAAAAGUGACAGAUGAGAACAGUGAGUCUGACAGUGACACCGAAGAGAAGCUGAAAGCUCACAGCCAGCGCCUGGUCAACGUGAAGUCCCGCCUGAAGCAGGCUCCGAGAUACCCAUCACUUGACCGGGAGCUUAUCGAGUACCAGGAGAGGCAGCUCUUCGAGUACUUUGUGGUCGUGUCAUUGCACAAGAAGCAGGCCGGGGCCUCCUACGUGCCAGAAGUCACCCAGCAGUUCCCUCUGAAGCUGGAAAGGUCUUUCAAGUUCAUGAGAGAGGCUGAGGACCAGCUGAAGGCCAUCCCUCAGUUCUGCUUCCCCGAUGCCAAGGACUGGACUCCUGUCGAGCAGUUUACCAGUGAAACAUUCUCAUUUGUCUUAACGGGAGAGGACGGGGCCAGAAGGUUUGGUUACUGCCGAAGACUGCUGCCGGGUGGCAAAGGGAAGCGUCUCCCUGAAGUUUACUGCAUCGUGAGCCGCCUGGGAUGCUUCAGCCUCUUUUCAAAGAUCUUGGACGAGGUGGAGAAACGUCGACGCAUCUCUCCUGCACUGGUACAGCCCCUCAUGAGGAGUGUCAUGGAAGCCCCUUUCCCAGCCCUGGGCAAAACGAUCGCUGUCAAGAAUUUCCUGCCAGGAACAGGAACAGAGGUGAUCGAGCUGUGCCGCCCGCUGGACUCCCGGCUGGAACACGUGGACUUCGAGUGUCUCUUUUCUUCUCUCAGCGUCCGCCACCUGCUCUGUGUUUUCGCCUCCCUGCUUUUGGAGAGGAGGGUCAUCUUCAUCGCAGACAAACUCAGCACGCUGUCCAAAUGCUGCCACGCAAUGGUGGCCAUCACCUACCCCUUCACCUGGCAGCACACCUACAUCCCCGUGCUGCCGCCCGCCAUGGUCGACAUCGUGUGCUCGCCGACGCCCUUCCUCGUCGGGCUGCUCACCAGCUCGCUGCCGCUGCUCCGGGAGCUGCCCCUGGAAGAGGUCCUUGUGGUUGAUCUCGUCAACAACAGGUUUCUCAGACAGAUGGACGACGAGGAUUCCAUUCUGCCCCGGAAGCUUCAGGUAGCCCUGGAACACGUUCUGGACCAAAGGAAUGAGCUGGCCAGUGACCCGGAUGAAGGGCCCCCUGACUGCAAGCGCGGCCCCGAGUCCAGCCCCUUCAACGAGGUGGUGUCCGAAGCCUUCGUCCGCUUCUUCGUGGAGGUCGUGGGCCACUACUCCCUGUUCCUGACGGUGGGCGAGGAGAGAGCCCUGCAGCGCGAGGCCUUCCGCAAGGCCGUCUCCUCCAAGAGCCUCCGCCGCUUCCUGGAGGUGUUCAUGGAGACCCAGAUGUUCCGCGGCUUCAUCCAGGAGCGGGAGCUGCGUCGGCAGGAUGCCAAAGGUCUGUUUGAGGUCCGAGCCCAGGAGUACCUGGAGACACUCCCCAGCGGAGAGCACAGCGGUGUCAACAAGUUCCUGAAGGGACUAGGCAAUAAAAUGAAGUUUCUCCACAAGAAAUAACCCUCAGCCCAGACUCGAAGGAAAAUUUCCUCCCAGAGCAACCGCACGUUUUAAAAACAGUCCUGGCAGCCUUUCGGAAACGCCGGGUCCUCG